CUCAGCCCCGGUAGCAGACGCCGGUAUUAGCGCGGCGCAGGGACGGGAUGAGCCGCUCGGUAAUCCCGGCGGGUCAGGCACAGCCCGGCUGCCUGUUCCCCGCUGCUGUACCCAGCUGAUCGUACUUGGCUGCCUGUACCUGGCUGCUUCUACCCGCCUGCCUGUUCCCAGCUCCCUGCACCCCACGGUCAGCACCCCGCCUCCUGGAGCCCCGCAUUCGCUCUUUGCCCCCUCGGGAACCGCCAGUGCCCCCGGGAGAGGUGGGGGGUCGGGGGGAAGCGGGGCUGUCAGAGCCACCCGGCAAACAGUGCUGGGACUGCGGACCCCCCUCUGCCCGACGGUCUCCUCCAACCCUGGUGAAGCCCCGGUGAGCGAUGGAGGGAGAUCCCACCCUGCGACUCCGUGUCUUCGAUCUCAACUGCUGGGCCAUCCGCUACCUGAGCAAGCGGCGGCAGGAGCGUGUCCAGCUCAUCGGGGACGUGCUGCGCCGGGAGGGCUUCGACCUGGUGCUUCUCCAGGAGGUGUGGAGCGAGCAGGACUACAGCGACCUGAAGGCGAAGCUGGGAAGCUGCUACCCCUUCUCUCAUUACUUCCGCAGUGGGGUGAUCGGCAGCGGCCUCUGUGUCUUCUCCCGGUUCCCCAUCCUGGACACUCUCCUCUACCAGUACUCACUGAACGGGUACCCCUACAUGCUCCAGCAUGGGGACUGGUUCGGCGGCAAGUCCGUCGGCCUUGUCAUCGUUAAGAUCUCCGGGAUCAUCUUCAACGUCUACGUCACCCACCUGCACGCCGAGUACUGCCGGGAGAAGGACGCCUACCUGCCCCACCGCCUGGUGCAGGCCUGGGAGCUGGCACAGUUCAUCCGACACACCUCAAAGGCAGCUGAUGUGGUGCUGGUGGGGGGGGACCUGAACAUGCACCCCGAAGACCUGGGCAUCCGGCUGCUGCGGGGCUGGACGGGGCUGCGGGACGCCUUCGCUGAGGCCACACACUUUGAGGGCUGCGAGGAUGGCUGCACCCUCGUCCCCAACAACUGCUUCACUGUCAAGUCAGAGCUGCUGCCCUUCCCACUGGGCAUCCGCAUCGACUACAUCCUCUACAAGGCCAUCUCCGGCUUCACAGUGAAGUGCGAAGAACUGAAGACCACUAAGGGGACAGCCCCGGGCAUGGACAUCCCCUUCUCGGACCAUGAAGCCGUGAUGGCGACACUGCAGAUCCGGAGGCAGGGACAGGCUGCGGGUGACACCCAGGGCACAGCUGAGACGACGCUGGCGGACGUGGUGACGGAGGCACGGACAGAGGUGGGCGUGGGGCUGCGGGCAGCGCAGGGGCAGCGCUACUCCACGGGCAGGAUGGCUGUGCUGGCCCUCCUGCUGCUGCUGCUGCAGGCAGCGGCCGCCCUGGGCACGCUGGCGGGGCUGGGGGCUGGGCAACCCUUCCCCAAGCUUUCCUUUGCCCUGCUGGCCUUCCUCGCCAUUGGCGUCCUCUUCCUCGCCACCGGCCUCCACCUCUUCCACACCAUGGAGGUGAAGAUGCUGCAGGGCACCGAGGAGCAGAUGCGGAUGGCCCUGCGGGCACUGCAGGAGCGUCCCAGUGACAGCUGAGCUGGGGACGUGGGUGGCCCACAAUGUGUGUGUGUGUGUGUCCCCAGCCCCAUCCUGGCCCCUUUUGGUCCCCUUUUCUAAUUGAUUUCAAGUUUUAGGUGAGCAGCGCUGCGGCCGGCUCGGUAGCGUGGGUUUGACAGCCACCUCUCUGGGUGAAAUUAAGAUUUUUCAGGGCAGAUUCAUUCCGUUGGCCCCCGGUAGGAACCACGGCAGAGACGGAUUUUAAUUGCUAUGUUUUUUAAUACUCCCUUUCUAUCCGGAGGGACCCGCCAGCAUGGCCAGGACGCUCAAGAGGCUCAGCCUCCCUUUGCCCGGGGCGGCCUCGGGGGCUUCCUGCUGAAAGCUGGCGACUGCUCCGGCAACCAGAUUUGACACGGAUAGAAAAUAAAUGCGGUAUUUUAGCCCUUG